CCACAUCCCCCCCCUCCCCGCUGUAACAGGAUCUCCGUAUCUUUACUAGCUAAAAAGUCCAGAGGAAGUUGAGUCGGCUGCAAUAAAGUAGCUUCAUGGACACCUACAAGCAGAACAAUCCAGGAGAGCAGUCAGUAGUUAGCAAAAUGCAGAAGAAAUACUGGAAAACAAAACAAGUCCUAAUUAAAGUCACAGGAAAGAAAGAAGAUGAACAUGUGGUAGCCUCUGAUGCAGAGUUAGAUGCCAAGCUAGAGGUUUUCCAGACCAUUCAGAUGACUUGUACAGAUCUUCUAAAGACAAUUGAAAAAUACCAGCAAAGACUUAAUGCUAUUUCUGAGCAAGAAAAUGAGCUGGGGCUCUUCUUAAAGGUCCAAGCAGACCAAGGCGAAGCUCAGAUUGGCAGAAUGAUCGAUGCUACUGGCAAGGCCCUCUGUUCAUCUUCCCAGCAAAGGCUGGCUCUCUGCAUCCCUUUGUCUCGCCUUGGAAAAGAACUUGCAACGUUUAGUCAGAGGGCUGUAUCUGAUACCUUGUUAACAAUCAAUCGAAUGGAACAGGCCCGCACAGAGUAUCGAGGGGCUUUGCUGUGGAUGAAGGAUGCUUCCCAGGAAUUGGAUCCAGACACCCACAAUCAAAUGGAGAAGUUCAAAAAAGUUCAGAUGCAAGUAAGAAAUGCUAAAACUCAGUUUGAUAAACUGAAGAUGGAUGUAUGUCAGAAGGUAGACCUUCUUGGAGCCAGCCGCUGUAACGUACUGUCACACUUCCUUGCUAUCUACCAGACAGCUUUUUUGCAUUUCUGUGAAAAGUUCGCUCAAAAGAUGACUGAAAUUCAUGCGUGCUUUGUAUGUUCUCACUCAAACUAUCCUGUGGCAUCUGAGUUGCAGACACCUAGCCAAUCUACUGCAGAAAAUAAGGAAGAUGCAACUUCUGCAGACCUUGAAAGGCUGGUUUUAUUGAAUGAAGAUGCUUCUCUUGCUCCUUCAGGUAUUUCCUAUGCCACAUUUUGUUCUGGUAUUACCAGAACAGAAGAUGCAAAAGAUGAUCUUUGGCAGAGUAGUAAGUUUGGAGAUGCCCAACUAUGCGUCCCUGAGAAAGAAGAAUUCCUGCCAACAGAGUCUGUCGAAGAAUUUUUUGAGAGAGACUUUGAUUUUCUGGAGAACUUAACAAGCUCACCUUCUUCAAGCACUGGAAAUAAAGCACAGGAAUGCCAAAAUGUGUUUGAGAACCCUUGUAGGGCUACCUCUGUUGAGGCACCUACUGCAGAAGACGACUCCUUAGCAAAUUCAUCUGGAUUCCUACCUUCACAACUCUUUGAUCUAGGCCUUCAUGCUGCUGGGGGAUUAAAUAUGGAGUCUAGUAGCCAAGACAUGCCAGCAUGGUUUAGUGCUCUUGCAGACCUGGAUCCUCUUUCAAAUCCAGAUGCUAUUGGCUGGUCAGAUGAUGAACUCCUCACUGCAUGAUGAAGAGUGAGAAAUAGAAGCGUUUGCUGCUAUCUGAAGACAGCGGUGCCUUCUUGAACUCCUAACCACAGGGACUGAAACUUGUCAUCUUACAUCACUCUGUUUCCUUUCGGUCUCAAGGAUUUGAUCAUAUAAAAUAGUUCUCUUUUUUCUUAGAAAUCAAGUUUAAGUGUAUAUUUAGAAUACCAUUUUUGUUGCAUUUUGUUUAGUUUCAUUAUCGUCCUUUGCUGUCUUUACUGUGCUGACUCCUAAUACUUGUAUUUGUCAUUCAUAUGUAUGUCUUUCUCAUGGAGCUCUAGGCUUUGGAUCCUUAAUAAAUUCAGAAUUUGUAUAGUUGCCCCUCU